AAAUUAUUAUUUUUUGAAAGAUUCUAACAAUGAUUUGAAUCCCUACGAUUUCACUUUGAGUUCUCACAUUAUAUAAACUGUGCCUGUCCCAGAUACUUCUUAAGUCCCCUUGUGACUCGAAAAGUGUUUUCCGAUUUUUUGUCUAGCUAGUUAGUGUCAUCAAAAUGUCAGACUUCGAGAAGAACUCCUCUUCGAUCGGCGACUACAGAGACGUUCAAUUGAACAACCAGUCUUCGUACAACUCUAACAAAAAAGAGAAGCAGAUCGACUUGUUGGACGACCGUACUUUCGAACAAGAAAAUGACUCCAACUCCGAAUUCGGUGAAGUCAAGAGAUCCUUGAAGGCCAGACAGAUUUCCAUGAUUGCCAUCGGUGGUACCAUUGGAACUGGUCUUUUCAUUUCUACUGGUGGUACCCUUGCCGACGCCGGUCCUGUCUCUGCUCUUAUUUCAUUUUUGUUCAUGACUACUUUGGCUUUCUCCGUCACUCAAUCCUUGGGAGAAAUGGCUACUUUGAUUCCUGUUUCUGGUUCUUUCACCCAAUUCGUCACCAGAUGGUGUUCCCCAGCUUUGGGUGCUGCCAACGGUUGGAACUAUUGGUUCUCGUGGGCCAUCACUUUCUCAUUGGAAUUGUCUGUUGUCGGCCAAGUCAUCCAGAGAUGGACCGACGCUGUUCCUCUUGCUGCUUGGAUCGCUAUCUUCUUCGUCAUCUUGACUGUCUUCAACCUCUUCCCUGUUAAGUACUACGGUGAAGUUGAAUUCUGGAUUGCUUCCUUAAAGGUUAUUUUCGUCUUCAUCUGGUUGAUCUAUGCCUUCAUCAUGGUGUGUGGUGCUGGUAAGACAGGUCCAAUUGGUUUCAGAUACUGGAGAAACCCAGGUCCUUGGGGUCCAGGUAUCUUGGUCAGCAGCAACAUCAAUACCGCCAGAUUCUUGGGUUGGUUGUCUUCUUUGAUCAACGCUGCUUUCACCUUCCAGGGUACUGAAUUGGUUGGUAUCUCCGCUGGUGAAUCUAGCAACCCAAGAAAAACAGUUCCUUCUGCUAUCAGAAAGGUCUUGUUCAGAAUCUUGGUUUUCUACGUCUUGUGUAUGUUGUUCAUUGGUUUGUUGGUUCCUUACGAUGAUCCAAAGUUGGCCGGCAACGACGGAACUUACACUGCUUCCUCUCCUUUCAUUAUUGCCAUUCAAAACUGUGGAACCAAGGGUUUACCAGAUGUUUACAACGCUGUCAUCUUGGUCACAAUCAUCUCAGCUGCCAACUCCAACGUGUACUGUGGCUCUCGUAUCUUGUACGGUCUUGCCCAAUCCGGUGUUGCUCCAAAAUUCUUUAAGUUCACAAGCAAGCAAGGUGUUCCAAUUGUUGCCGUUCUUUUCACUGCUGCCUUUGGUUCUUUAGGUUUCUUGGCCACUUCCAGCCAGGGUAACAAUGCAUUCAACUGGUUGUUGAACAUCACUGCCACUUCUGGUUUGAUUGCCUGGGGUUGGAUUUCCUUCACUCACAUCAGAUUCAUGAACAUCUUGAAGUCAAGAAACAUCUCAAGAGACUCGUUGCCAUUCAAGGCUAGAUGGUGUCCAGUCAAUGCUUACUAUGCUUGUAUCACUAUCUUCAUCUUGGUAUUCGUUCAAGGUUUCUCUGUCUUCUGGGACUUCAACGCUACAGACUUCUUCACCGCCUACGUUUCGGUUAUUCUUUUUGUCGCCUGCUACAUCGUGUUCCACUUCAUCUUCAACGGUAAGAAGUCGAUGAGCGUCAGGUCUCUCUUAAUUCCAUUAGACGAAUGUGACAUCGACUCUGGUGUCAGAGAAAUUGACGAAAUGGAAUGGGAAGAAGAAGAACCAAAGAACUUGUGGGACAAGUUCUGGAAUUUGAUUGCCUAAACAAUUGGCUUCACAUACUUUCACACUUUCAUAUCAUCUUUCAUUUCGACUCUAAUAAUUUCAGCAUUGUAUUUUUAGUUAUAUUUAAUUCGCAUGUGUCCAAAAU